CCUGUCUCCUCGAGGCCCAGGGACUGGAGCGCCAAGCUCCUUGCUCCCUCGGCUGCGGUGGGACCGGGCAGCUGCGCAGCCUCCGCCGCACCGGGCCGUAGCGGCCCCACGGAGCAUGUCCGAGGAGAGAGACAUGGAGAAAGCCAUCAAGGAAACCUCCAUUUUAGAGGAAUAUAAUAUCAAUUGGACUCAGAAACUGGGAGCUGGAAUAAGUGGUCCAGUUAGAGUCUGUGUGAAGAACUCUACCCAAGAACGAUUUGCACUGAAAAUUCUUUUUGAUCGUCCAAAAGCUAGAAAUGAGGUACGUCUGCACAUGAUGUGUGCCACACACCCAAACAUAGUUCAAAUUAUUGAAGUGUUUGCUAACAGUGUACAGUUUCCUCAUGAGUCCAGCCCCAGGGCUCGACUCUUAAUUGUAAUGGAGAUGAUGGAAGGGGGAGAGCUAUUUCACAGAAUCAGCCAGCACCGGCACUUUACAGAGAAGCAAGCCAGCCAAGUAACAAAGCAGAUAGCUUUGGCUCUACAGCACUGUCACUUGCUAAACAUCGCGCACAGAGACCUCAAGCCUGAGAAUCUGCUUUUCAAGGAUAACUCGUUGGAUGCCCCAGUGAAGUUGUGUGAUUUUGGAUUUGCCAAAAUUGACCAAGGUGAUUUGAUGACACCCCAAUUCACCCCUUAUUAUGUAGCACCUCAGGUACUAGAGGCACAGAGAAGGCAUCAGAAGGAGAAAUCUGGCAUCAUACCUACCUCGCCGACACCCUACACUUAUAACAAGAGCUGUGAUUUGUGGUCCCUAGGGGUGAUCAUCUACGUGAUGUUGUGCGGAUACCCUCCUUUUUACUCCAAACACCACAGUCGGACUAUCCCAAAGGAUAUGCGGAGAAAGAUCAUGACGGGCAGCUUUGAGUUCCCAGAGGAAGAGUGGAGCCAGAUCUCAGAGAUGGCCAAAGAUGUUGUGAGGAAGCUCCUGAAGGUCAAACCAGAGGAAAGACUCACCAUCGAGGGAGUGUUGGACCACCCCUGGCUAAACUCAACUGAGGCCCUGGAUAACGUGCUACCUUCUGCCCAGCUGAUGAUGGAUAAGGCAGUAGUUGCAGGCAUCCAGCAGGCCCAUGCGGAGCAGCUGGCCAACAUGCGAAUCCAGGACCUGAAGGUCAGCCUCAAGCCCCUGCACUCUGUCAACAACCCCAUUCUGAGGAAGAGGAAGUUACUCGGCACCAAGCCAAAGGACAGUGUUUAUAUCCAUGACCGUGAGAAUGGAGCCGAGGAUUCAAACGUUGCCUUGGAAAAGCUCCGAGAUGUGAUUGCUCAGUGUAUUCUCCCCCAGGCUGGUAAAGGAGAGAAUGAAGAUGAGAAGCUGAAUGAAGUAAUGCAAGAGGCUUGGAAGUAUAACCGAGAAUGCAAACUCCUAAGAGAUACUCUGCAAAGCUUCAGCUGGAAUGGUCGUGGAUUCACAGAUAAAGUAGAUCGAUUAAAACUGGCAGAAAUUGUGAAGCAGGUGAUAGAAGAGCAAACCAUGUCCCAUGAAUCCCAAUGACAGCUUCAGACUUUUUUUUUUACAAUUGGAAAAAUUAUUCUUUAAUGUAUAAAGUAAUUUUUAUGUAAAUUAAUAAAUCAUAAUUUCAUUUUCACAUUGCUUAAAGAUGCUGUAUAGAUUUAGAUACAGUAUUUACUAAUAGUAUAAUUCAUUUGUUUGUUUUUAAGAAAAGCUCAGUUCCUAGAGACAUGCUAUUACUUUAGGACUGUUUAGUCAUAUGUUUGUAAGAUGACAGAUGAUAUUGUCAAGCAAAAUUGUUUUAUUUGUAAUAAAGUAUACAAAAACCAUUUGCCAGCGGUAGACAAAGGACCAACUAUACUGAUGUUUCUGCUUAGUAAACAGUUGAAUCAAAUACUGUGGAA